AUGGCUGGUAAGAAGAAUAAGAAUAAGAAGAACAAUAAAAACAAUAACAAUCGCUCUCCCGUCGGUGCUGUAUCACCCCCUGAAUCUGAGAACAAAGAUCUCGUCGACUCUGCCCCGUCCCCGGCGGCAGCCGCUGUUGAGGAUGUCUUACAAGACAACAAAGAGCCCACAACCGACGAACCGGAGAAGGACCCUGCCUCUGAAGAUCCCCCUGCCGCUGAGCCAAGUGGCGAUGACAGCCCGGCCGCUGAACCUACAGAUUCGGCAGAGGCUGUACCACCAGCCGAGUCUCAACCCGACGAGGCUGCCCCAGAAACUAAAGAAGAGAGCAAGGAUGAGCCAGCACCAGAUGCAGAGAAGCCCGACGAGGCUUCCAAGGAAGCAGCCGUAGAAGACGCGAAACCUGCGGAGGAUGCGAAACCUGACGAUGGUGCAGCGCCCGAAGGCGAAGCAAAGUCUGAAGAGGAAGCCAAGUCCGAAGACACACCAAAGCCCGAAGACGACCCAAAGCCUGACGAUGAAUCUAAACCCGAAGGCGGCGCCGCCCCCGAUGAUAGUGCGAAGCCUGCAGAGGACUCGAAGCCUGAAGAAGAUGGGAAACCUGAAGAUGGAAAGUCUGAAGGUGCAGAAGAUGCCCCAGCAGGCGAAGACAAGAAAAAAGAAGACGAUAAAGGCACUAAUGAUGAAGCUUUCCCGGAAUGUGAUCCAGAUGUAGAUCCUGAGACAGUAGCAGCCGAGAAAGAGGCUGGUGCAGAAGAGACAGGCGAAGACAAGAAAAAAGAAGACGAAAAAGACACUCCUGAUGAAGCUUUCCCGGAAUGUGAUCCAGACGUAGAUCCUGAGACAUUAGCAGCCGAGAAAGAGGCUGGUGCAGAAGAGACAGGCGUAGACAAGAAAAAAGAAGACGAAAAAGGCACUCCUGACGUGGAUCCUGAGACAGUGGCAGCCGAGAAAGAGGCUGCUGCUAAAGCGGCCGCCGAAGACGCCCUAGAGAAUGGGGAAGAAGCACCAAAGGCCGAUGAAGCACCUGCAGAGCCAGCCGUUGAGGAGCCAAAGGCGGGGGAAAAGCCAGCAGCGGGCAAAGGUAAGAAAAAGAAGGGCAAAAAGGGCAAGGGCGGCAGGGCAGCCGAGCCAGAGCCAGGGCCAGAGCCCAAGCUAACGCCAGAGGCAGCGGCAGAGCCGGAGCCGGAGCCAGCACCAGCAGCAGAACCAGCGGCCGAAACAGCGCCGGAGCCUGAAGCCGAGCCUGAAAAGCCUGCUGAUAAUCCUCCUGAGUCACCAGCCUCGGAAGAACCAGCAGCGCCCGAGCCACCCGCGGAAGAGUCAAAACCAGAGGAAAAUUCAUCGGGCAAGGGUAAGAAAAAGAAAAAGAAGGCUAAGGCCACAAAGGCAGCCGCUGAAGCAGCCGCAGAAACAGCCGCCGAACCAGCGCCGGAUGCCGAAGCAUCACCCGAAUCAGUAGAAGCACCAGCAGAAGCACCAGCAGAAGCACCAGCAGAAGCACCAGCAGAAGCACCAGCAGAGACACCAGCAGAGACACCAGCAGCAGCAGAAGAACCUGUCAAGGAACCAGAGCCAGAAGCUACGCCAGUCGAGGAAACACCUGCUGCCGAACCCGAAGCUGCUGUAGAAGACAAGGUAGAAACUGUAGAACCAGUUGUGGAAACUGCUAAAGAGACACCAGUCGAAGAAAGCACUUCAGUUGAGCCUGAGCCUGAGCCUGAGCCUGAAACAGUUACAGAGGCUCCAGCAGAGGCUGAAGUUCCUGCUGAGGCAGUAACCGAGGAACCUGCUGCCGAGAAAGCACCCGAAGAAGCGCCAGCAGAGAGCCCUAAAGAAGAGGCACCAGCUCCUGUUGAGGAGAGUGCUCCUGCUGAAGCUACUCCCGAGCCUGCCCCAGAACCUGCCGCUGAGCCUACUCCCGAACCCGCCGUCGAACCUGCUGCUGAACCUGCCGCUGAACCUGCCGCUGAACCUGCCGCUGAACCCGCUGCUGAGCCUGCCGUAGAGGCUCCUGCUGACCCCGAACCUGCUGCUGAACCUGCCGUGGAAGCUCCUGCUGACCCCGAACCUGCCGCUGAACCUGCCGCCGAGCCUGCUCCUGAACCCGCUGCUGAGCCUGCCGUAGAGGCUCCUGCUGACCCCGAGCCUGCUGCUGAGCCUGCUGCUGAGCCUGCUGCUGAGCCUGCUCCUGAGCCUGCUCCUGAGCCUGCUCCUGAACCCGCUGCUGAAUCUGCCGCUGGACCUGCUGCUGAGCCUGCCGUAGAGGCUCCUGCUGACCCUGAGCCUGCUGCCGAACCUGCUCCUGAACCCGCUGCUGAACCUGCCGUGGAGGCUCUUGCUAACCCCGAGCCCGCUGCCGAACCCGCUGCCGAGCCUAUUCCUGAGCCUGCUGCUGAGCCUGAACCCGCGGUUGAGGAGGCACCUGCUCCCGCCCCAGUAGAAGAGACACCAGUGGAAGAAGCGCCCACUGCCGAGACGCCUGCAGAACCCGUAGCAGAACCAGAAGCUGUGCCCGUUGAAGCACCAAAGGAAAUUCCAGAGGAAGCACCUGCUGCCGAGCCAACGCCCGAAGAACCAGCUCCUGUCGAAGCUGCCCCAGCUGAGAUCCCAGCACCUGACGAAUCCCCCGCUGAACCGGUAGUUCCGGACGAGGCCCCAGUAGAGACACCAACACCGGAAGAUGCAUUGCCUGAGACACCGCCAGAGGAACCAACCCCCGAACCAGAGGCUGCCAGAGACCUCCCCGCCGAAGACCCACCAGCAGAACCAGAAGCUGCCCCCGAGAUAGUCUCUAUCCCCACUCUCGACGAAGUAGCACCCGACGAGCUUGAACCACCCUCAACAGACGCCCAGCCCGAUGUGGUGAUGGUUGACGUCGAGCCUCAGGACGAAAGCGCAGAAGCUGCAGCAGCCCGCCACAGACGCCGCAGAAAGCGCACAUCACCGAUUGAUGGAGAACGUCGAAUUGAUGGGGAACGCCGGAUGGAUGGAGAACGCCGGAUUGAUGGAGAGCGUCGGCAAUCCAAGACAUCUUCCGAAGACCGUCGGGAUCAACCCCAGCGCCAGAAGAGUGAGCGAGGCAUCUUGACUAAACGCUGGACCGAUUCACUGGAAGAGGCACGCCGUCAACACGAUGAGAAAGUCCGGUUGCAACGAAAGCAGCGGGCUCUCACCGAGGAGCGAGAGCGUAGCGGCAUCAUUGCCCCCGACACAUUGAAGCGCACCAAGAGUUCUUCCAAGGAUAAGGAGAGAGAGAGAACGAGGGAACCAGAAAUGGAGGCCGAAGUCAUCGAAUCUAGAUCCAAACGCCGUACCUCCGAAAGUCCCCGAAUUCAACCUCUCGAACGAUCCCGCUCAACCAAGGCAUCAUCUAAACUGGUAUCAUCAACUAUACCGACACCCCAGCCCCGUGCCUUCCUGCGAUACAUGACGGAAGGCAUAUCGGAUACCAAUGGGCCUUUGCUGCGUCUGAAUGCCACCAAGGCUGCACCGCCUAUCGAAACUCCACGCCGGUCAUCAACAAGUCAUAGCAGUGGCAGUGGCGGCGGCAGUCGUGGCAGCCGUGGAAGCCAUCACGAUCGGGCGGAGCCUGAAGAGCGACAGUCUAAUAGUCGGUCUAGUGGAUCACGGUCGCGGCGUGAAGAGGAGACUCCUCGCGGUGAUCGCGCCGAGCGCACUGAGAGUAGAAGACUGCGACACUCGUCAACGGCCGAUCAUGGUCGAUCUAGGGAGGAGAGGAAGGAAAGAGAAAAGGAGAGAGAUCGGAGGGAGAGGGACAAGGAGCGCGAGCGCGAGCGUGAGAACGAGCGUGAGAGCGAGCGCACACGGGAAAUAGAGGGAGACAAGGCAAGGGAGAGGGAGAAGAGGUCUGAGGGCUCCUCCCGGCGUUCCAGGGACUCAAGAGAGGUGCGCUCUCAUCGUCGCCACAAGCGCGAGGAAUCACCUCCUCGAGAAGAGUCGAAGCUGAAGGGUAUCUGGAGAUCGAUUGCUGCCCAUUGA